GCCGGCGGCCUCCUCACCGCCGCUGGCACCCACCUGGCCACUUCGCACGAUGACACGACCGAGGGCGCUGUGCAUUACUUCCAGGACGAGUUCGGAAACUGGCUGGCGUACGCGUUCGACGAGCGGGGUCCGGGCGGUCCGGUGCCGGCCGGCAGCGACUGGUCCGUCGACUCGGCCGGCCUCAAGCUGGCGUCGGCCGGCGGCGGCCUGGACGGCGCCGGCGACGCGGCCGGCGGCGGCGAGCAGGCCGGCCCCCUGCUGCGCUACCUGCACUCCAGCCUGGGCCUGGGGCCGGCGGCGCGCGCCGCCGACAGUCCGCCGCUGCCGCCCAAACACCACUACCGGCUGCAGCUGGGCGGCCGGGCCUGCCUGAAGGUGCGCUUCGACCGACUGGCCCUGCUGGCGCUGCUCGACCGCAACGUCUCCAUCGCCGAGAACCUGCUGUCCGUGCUGCUGGCGAUGCUCACUGCCCUGCUGGCCGCCGCCCUCCUGCAGGCCGACUUCUACGACGACGUGGGCGUCUUCUUCUUCAGCUUUGUCGUCGCCUCCAGCCUGUACUCGCUGGUCAAGAGCGUGCAGCCGGACGCCGCGUCGCCCACGCACGGCCACAACCGGCUGGUGGCGUUUGGCCGGCCGCUGUACUUCUGCCUGCUGUGCGGGCUCACGCUGCUGCUGCUGCACUGCCGCGCCGUCGACCAGUCGCACGCCGGCGCCCGCCUGCGCCUGUAUGGCCUGCGCCUGGCGCCCGGCCCGCUGCUGGACGUGGCGCUGCAGCUGCUGCGCUACCUGCUGGUGCUGCUGCCGCUGCUCUUCACGUCCGGCCUGCUGCCGCAGGUGGACACGUUCGCCAUGUACCUGCUGGAGCAGGCGGACAUCCACCUCUGCGGGGGCACGGCGGCCACCAGCCUUUGGGCGGCGGCCACCGCCUGGCUGCGCAGCCUGCUGGCCGUGGCCGCGCUCUACGGCUUCGCGUACGGCGGCCUGCGCGAGAACGGUACCAAGCCGACGGCGCAGCAUAUCCUGUUCAGCAUCUUCUGCGGCCUGCUGGUGUCGCUCAGCUACCACCUGAGCCGCAGCCCCAGUGAUCCCACCCUGCUGAUCCAGGUCUUGAGCCGGUACCUGUGCCCGGACCUGGUGGAGGAGGCGCCGCGUGCACCUGACGCGCCGGACACGCCCGGCGACCCGCUUCCGGACCAGCUGCUGCGCACGGCCCGCACGCGGCUCAAGUCGGACGCGCUGGCCUGCACCAUCAUCGGCGUCAUGGUGUUCGCCGUUCAUUGCAGCACGGUGUUCUCCUCGCUGGGUCCGGAGCUGCAGCGGGUGCUGUGGUCGUUGCCGGCCGGCACCGGCUUCCUGAUUCACUACCUGCUGCCACAACUGCGCAAACAGGUGCCCUGGCUGUGCGUGGCGCACCCUGUGCUGCGCGCCGCCGAGUACCGCCAGUUCGAGGUGUCUGAGCCGGCGCGCAUCGUGUGGUUCGAGCGGCUCUCCGUGUGGCUCUGCUCGCUGGAGCGCAACAUUCUGUAUCCGCUGGUGGUGCUGAGUGCGCUCACCGUGGACAGUCCGCGGCUGGCCGAGAAGUUCGGCCUGGAGUGGGCUGCGCUGAUUGUCGUCGUGUGCGGCAUGAAGAGCCUGCGCACCACGUACGCCGACACCAGCUACUCCUACCUGGUGCUCGUGUUCACGCUGCUGCUGUUCAAGCUCGACUGGGCGGCCCGUUCGGAGACGUUCCUGGUGGACUUCUUCGUGUUGGCGGUGGCGUUCGACAAGGUGCGGGACUUCCUGCUCAAGAUCCAGUUCGUCACCACGUACAUCGCGCCGUGGCAGAUCACGUGGGGCUCGGCGUUCCACGCGUUCGCGCAGCCGUUCUCAGUGCCGCAUUCGGCGCUGCUGUUCGCGCAGGCGGCCGUCUCGGCGCUGCUCUCGGCGCCGCUCAGUCCGUUCCUCGGCUCGGCCGUGUUCGUGUUGUCGUACGUGCGGCCGGUCAAGUUCUGGGAGCGCGACUACAACACCAAGCGCGUGGACCACAGCAACACGCGGCUGUCGCUGCACUUGGACCGCAGUCCCGGCGCCAACGAUAACAACCUCAACUCCAUCUUCUACGAGCACCUCAGCCGAUCGCUGCAGCACUCGCUGUACGGCGACAUCAUGCUCGGCCGGUGGGGCGUGGUCUCGCAGGGCGACUGCUUCGUGCUGGCCUCCGACUACCUCAACUGCCUGGUGCACAUCGUCGAGCUCGGCAACGGGCUCGUGACGUUCCAGGUGCGCGGACUCGAGUUCCGCGGCACCUACUGCCAGCAGCGCGAGGUCGAGGCCAUCACCGAGGGCGUCGAGGAGGACGCCGGCUGCUGCUGCUGCGAGCCGGGCCAUCUGCCGCACCUGCUGUCCGCCAACCAGAUCUUCAACCAGCGCUGGCUGGCUUGGGAGGUGGCCGCCGCCCGGUAUGUGCUCGAGGGCUACAGCAUCUCGGACAACUCGGCCACCUCCAUGCUGCAGGUGUUCGACCUCAGGAAGGUGCUCAUCACCUACUACGUCAAGAGCAUUAUCUUCUACGCGCUGCGCUCGCCCAAGCUGGAGACUUGGCUGGGCCGGGAGGAGAUCAUGUCGCACGUGCUCGACUAUACCACCAACGCCAACUUCGUCGACGUCGACCCCAUAUUCAACAUGAACAUCGAUGAGGACUACGACUUCCGGUCCUCGGGCAUCACGCGCAACAGCUUCUGCAACGUAUACUUCGACUGGAUCAAGUACUGCGUCCAGCAGUGCGAUAAGGAGAUGGAGUGUAAUCGAGACUCGCCGGUGGUGUCGCUGUGCCUGGCGCUUAGUCUGCUGGGCCGCCGCACCCUCAGCGAUGCCUCGCACCACUCACACUCCAGUGUGGAGUUCUUCCUGUACGGCCUGCACGCGCUGUUCAAGGGCGACUUCCGUAUCACCUCUCUGCGAGACGAGUGGGUCUUCACCGACAUGGACCUGCUGCGAAAGGUGGUCGCCCCAGGCAUCCGGAUGUCACUCAAGCUGCACCAGGACCACUUUAUGUCGCCGGACGACUACGAGAAGCCCAGCUGUCUGUACGAGGCCAUCCGGUCACACGAUGAGAAACUGGUGAUAUCGCACGAGGGCGACCCAGCCUGGCGCAACGCGGUGCUCUCUGGCGUGCCGUCCCUGCUGGCGCUCAGGCACAUCCUAGACGACGGAUCGGACCAAUACAAGAUCAUCAUGCUGAACAAGCGGCAGCUCAGCUUCCGCGUCAUCAAGCUGAACCGCGAGUGUGUGCGCGGUCUGUGGGCCGGCCAGCAGCAGGAGCUCAUCUACCUCAGGAAUCGCAACCCCGAGCGGGGCAGCAUCCAGAACGCCAAGCAGGCUCUGCGCAACAUCAUCAACUCGUCGUGCGAUCAGCCGAUCGGUUACCCGAUCUACGUGUCGCCGCUGAUGACGUCAUACGUGGAGACAAGCGAGCCGAUGAGCCGCAUCCUGGGCGACCCGAUCAGCUUCGGCUGGGUCAAGCGGCACCUGCUGGACGCCUGGCAGCGGCUCUGCGCCCGCUGCGGCCAGGGCUGCGUGUCCGGCGGCAGCGUGCUGCAGGAGGACGGCGUGCGCUACAUAGCGCACCCCUGCACGGUCCAGCUGGCGGCGUUUCCGGUAACCAGCGGCAGCCAGGAGGGGGUCAGCUUCGGCCCGCGGUCGGCCGGCACCUUUCCGCAGCAGCUGGUGGCGCCACCCAGCGUCAAGCCCACCUCGGCCACGCUGCCGGCCCGCUCUGGGCCGUACGUGGUGCCGUGUGUGAGGCCGGCACGGGGCCUGCCGCCGCGCCGGCCGGCCGUCGCCACCGCCGACCUUUCGCCCGUGCUGAUGCUCUACCCGACGGCGACGGCCGGC